AUGAGUUCCUCUAGCAGAGAGCUCAUCUCUGCUAUCACCGACUUCUACAAGCUUGUCACCAAGCUUCCAUUCAUCCCUCCAAACGCAUUGGUCCACCCGUCAGACCGAGGUUGGCCUGAUAUCAACGCAGAGGAACUGCGCAAACGUAGCAGGACGGAGGAAGUCAUUAGUCUUCUUCGUCAUCUUCCUUAUUUACGACGUCCUGAUUCCGGAAAGAGCAAGAAAGGAUGGAUGAUAGGGCCAGAUACCCAUGCAAUUGCUUACUGCGAUGGUGAAAUUUAUGAUGAAGAUCUGGAUAGGAUUCAACCAACGCCGGGACAUUGUAUCUGGCUGGCUAAUGCAGCCGAAACGGAAGAUGGAGCGGCACUACUUUUGGAUGUUGAAAACAGCACUAUAACAGAGUAUUCUGUACGCAACAAUCGAAACGUCUGCCUCGAUGCAGAUGAGUACGAUUCUCUGCCACUCGAAGAUCGCUGGAUGGCCCACUCCACAUUGCCGGCUACUGAAUUUAUCCGCACCUGGACCAACAAAUACAAGAAGCUGGAGUGGAUGCCUUUUCUGAAGAAAGAAGGAGAACCGGGGACAUCGAUAUGGUUCAUCAACUCCGCCCGAAACGAAAAUGUAUCCGAUGACGAUUAUUCGGAAGAUUCCGAUGAAAGCUAUGAGCCUAGUUCCGAGGAGUCGGAUGACGAUGACGAUGACUACGAUAGUGAUGACUAUGACAGCGAAGAUGAUCCAUAUGAGUACGAUAGCGAGUAUGAGAGUGAUGAUCUGGAUGACAUCCCACUGGAGCACGAUGCACUGGAGUCGGCAGUCCAGGAACUGAAAAUGAAUGAUGAUGAAUCCACGAAACUCAGCAGCACGACUGAAAGACUUGAACAUGAGGUUCGGUCUGGGGACGGAAAGGUUCUAGCUGCCGAUAAGCCUACACUAGAAAGAGCAGUGAAUGAAGCUUACUCGAUAUAUACUCAAAACGGCUGGCCAGAUGCGUUCGAUCGUGAUGAAUGCCAACGACAAUUAUCUGAUCUUUUUAAGUUGAUAGACAAAUAG